AUGAAAAUAGAAAAAUUACAAAUAAAACCAAAAGAAACUGAAAAGACUAUUGUUGUAGGGCAAUUUAUAGGAAAAGAGAAUAGAAAGUAUAGCCGAGAAAGAAUUAUGACGUUAAUUUAUUUUUUGAUAAAUCCAAGUGAAGAAUUUGAAUCCUCAUGGCUAGCUUAUAAGGCUGAAAUAAGGAUUUUACAAAGAGAGCAGCCAGAAGCGUGAAUGAAUGAGUUAAAUGAGAUAUCAAAUUUAUGUGGAAUAAGCACAGACAGGCUUUUCAAUUUUUUAGAAAAUUCACAAAAGCUAGAUUUAUUAUUGAAAAAUGAUGUUUUGAAUGAUUUAGAUAUUUUAUAUAAUAAUGCAUCAUUAUUUAUCCCACAUGAAAUUGAGAACUUCAAACAUUAUCUUCAGCAAUAUUUCACAGCUCAAAACAUUGAAAAAAUGAUAAUAAAUUGAAUAAAACAAUCUGACUAUGAAGCGCUUUAUAAAUAUACAAGAUUACUAAAUAUUUAUAAUCCUCCACUUCUUGAUCAUCAUUUGACUCAAAUUUCUUCACAAUUAUUCGAAAAUUGGCCGCUUGCUGAAAUUAUGAUGUUUAUUGAGUCAAUGCUAAAAAUUUUGAAAAUAAAUCCAAGUGGAAAACUCCUCCAUGGGGUUUAUAUGCAGCUUUCAAGGAGAAUUCAGGAUAAAGAUGGUUUCGAAGGAAUUUGUAGCUAUUUCGAUACAGAAUUAAGAGAAAACCGCAAGCCAAAAGGGCAAUGUGAGCUUUUCAUGCUUUGUGAAGACAAAGAUAAGCUGGAAAAACUUUACCAUAUACAAACUAUAUAUAGGAUUAUCAAUGGAAAUGAUUUAGAGCUUGAACGUGAUUCUUUAAAAGAGCUUAAAGAAUUGUCUGGCUCUGAACGUAUGGACUCAAUAGCAACACUUAUAGAAAACGCGUUUGAGUCUAAAGAAUAUAAUGUGGUAAAAUCAAUAAAUGUUUUAACUUUAUCUCAUAAAGCAUGAUGCUCAAGUAUAACUCCUUAUCCAAAAAUAAAAAAUAUUCUGGAGUAUAUUCCAAAUUCACUGCCUCAACAACUAUCAAAUCUGGUUAUAGAAUAUCAAAAUUUUUAUUUAAAGAAAAACGAAAAAAAGCAGCUGAAAUGGGCAUAUUUAUUAGGAAAUCUCGAAUUAAAAACAGGAUCUUUGACAAUUGCAUGUAAUUUUCUUCAGAGUUUAAUAAUUUUAAUGUUCAAUUCAGUGGACGAGAUAGAUGAGAACGAAAUCAUGUAUAAAUUAUUUAGAAAUAACAUAAAAACAUCUAUCUUAACUGAAGAAAUAGUACGAAUGGAAAUUGAAAAAUUAAAAAUGAUUAUUGAGAAAAGCGGUACAAAGUUGAGGCUAAAUUUAAAGAAAAAUGUUGAAAUUAUUAAUUUGGUAGAAACUGAGAAUAAAGAAAAAGAAAACAGUUUAUAUAGCAAUGUAGAAGAAGAUAGGAAGCCAAUGUAAAAAAUAAUUAGAUUGGAUGCAGCAUUAAUGAAAUUAUUAAAAAAAAACAAGCAGAUGACAAUAAGUGCUUUAAUUGAAAGAGUAGUACCAUUAAUGCCAUUUAAAGUAGCGGGUGAGCUAAUCAGUAUAAGGCUAGAACAUUUAGUAAAAAGUGAGCUCCUUUGGGAAGUUGAAGGGUAAAAUUUAUAUAGAACUUAUGGCUAUAUUCCAUAA